AUGGAAAGGUCUGGCGCUGAAGUGAGACCCGGACAAACUUCUCCAGUACCUACUGGUCCCUUCGGCUACGCUUUCCUCUCCCCCAUGGAUACACCAUUCGAACAGCCUCCGGCAUUGCCCCCGGGGCUCCCUCUUCUGGACGACAACGAAUCAAGCAUGUUGGACAAUUUUUUCAGCACCAUGAAUACAAAUAAUCUGGCGAACGACAUGUGGUUUCGGGGUCACCCCGAUAAACCUUCUGGUCUCGACUUUGACUGGAAUCAGGAACUCCCACCCACCUUUGAAGGUUCCACGACUUCGCUUUCACAAUCCUCCUAUCCGCCUCAAAGCUUGAAGAACACUAUGGCCAGCGGCGGCAAUCCACAUACCGACGUCUACGCUGCAGCAUCCAUGCUUUAUCCGAAUGAGACAAACAGAAAUAAUUUUGGUCCUGCCCUGGUUCAACAGAAUUUCACCGGCCAACCACUGAAUGUCGGCGUCGGUCAUGGUCGACGCGAGUCUCGACACAUGGCUCCUGCAGUGGCCUCGAAUUCCUCACCUCCAAGAUCUAGAAUUCCGACCGGAUUUCACACCUCCGAGAUGCUCUUUGAUGUGCGCGAUCCCAUUCCCGUGGACCAACAUCCAUCGCGCAAAGCUAGGGGUCUUCACUGGGGCUCAGACUGCAGCUUUAUGGAUCAAGGUUACGUUGCGCCACCUGACCAACCCGACAUGGAAACUCGCACAAGAGAAAUGCUAGAUCAUCUUGAUUGCUUCGAGCCUCAAGACAGUGCAGCCACCACCCGGGCCCCGAGCCCUGAACGUGCGGCCCGAUCGCAUAAUUCGAGCGCCGUUCAUCCUCAAUCAGAUGAUGAGAACGAUUCUCAGCCACGCAAACGGCAGCGCACUGCCAAACCCAAAAGUGGAUCGCCUUCGGAUGGUGAAGAUCCCCGGUCGCAUGCCAACAAAUCUCGAUCAUCAAGCAUCGCCAAGGGCCGUCGAGCGUCAACGGAUACGUCUCGGAAGGCUCGAGUCGCUCAAGCAAGCAAAGCCCCCCGCGAGAAUCUUUCUGAGGAACAGAAACGAACAAACCAUAUUCUCUCGGAGCAGAAAAGGCGUAAUCUCAUUCGUCAAGGGUUUGAUGAUCUCUGCUCUCUUGUUCCGAGCCUUCGAGGUGGGGGCUUUAGCAAAAGCGCCAUGCUCACCCAAGCCGCCGACUGGCUGGAAGAUCUUCUCCGUGGCAAUGAACUCCUGCAAAGUCAGCUCACUGACAUGAAAACCAUAAAUGGUCUGGUAAUGCCUAGAUGA